CUGGGCGGAGGCGACGAGCGCGCUGCCCGCUCUCGCCUACGCCGCGCGGGAGCGAGCACGCAAGCCUAGGGCGCGCGCGCCGCUGGCGUUUCCUCGGCGCGGAGGAGGGGAACGAAAUAAGGGGGGGUCGUCAGCUUUGGUGUCUGUGUUGGCCAGUUCUGAAAUCUCCUUGAAGGAGCCCUACAUUGAGGAAGAUCAAAGCAGCAGUCUUUGCCAACUGGGGAAUGGACCGUUUGAGUUCCUUUAGCAAUGAUCCCUCUGAUAAGCCACCUUGCCGAGGCUGUUCCUCCUACCUCAUGGAGCCUUAUAUCAAGUGUGCUGAAUGUGGGCCACCUCCUUUUUUCCUGUGCUUACAGUGUUUCACUCGAGGAUUUGAGUACAAGAAACAUCAAAGUGAUCAUACUUACGAAAUAAUGACCUCAGAUUUUCCUGUUCUUGACCCCAGCUGGACUGCUCAAGAAGAAAUGGCCCUUUUAGAAGCUGUGAUGGACUGUGGCUUUGGAAAUUGGCAGGAUGUAGCCAAUCAAAUGUGCACCAAGACCAAGGAGGAGUGUGAGAAGCACUACAUGAAGCAUUUCAUCAAUAACCCUCUGUUUGCAUCUACCCUGCUAAACCUGAAGCAAGCAGAGGAGGCAAAAACUGCUGACACAGCCAUUCCAUUUCACUCUACAGAUGACCCUCCCCGACCUACCUUUGACUCCUUGCUUUCUCGGGACAUGGCAGGAUACAUGCCAGCUCGAGCAGAUUUCAUUGAGGAGUUUGACAAUUAUGCAGAAUGGGACUUGAGAGACAUUGAUUUUGUUGAAGAUGACUCGGACAUUUUACACGCUCUGAAGAUGGCUGUAGUAGAUAUCUAUCAUUCCAGGUUAAAGGAGAGACAAAGGCGAAAAAAAAUUAUAAGAGACCAUGGAUUAAUCAACCUUAGAAAGUUUCAGUUAAUGGAACGGCGGUAUCCCAAGGAAGUCCAAGACCUUUAUGAAACAAUGAGGCGAUUUGCAAGGAUAGUGGGGCCGGUGGAACAUGACAAGUUCAUUGAAAGCCAUGCAUUGGAAUUCGAACUCCGAAGGGAAAUCAAGAGGCUCCAGGAAUACAGGACAGCAGGCAUUACCAAUUUUUGUAGUGCCAGAACCUAUGAUCACCUCAAGAAGACUCGAGAAGAGGAACGCCUCAAACGCACUAUGCUCUCGGAGGUUCUCCAGUACAUCCAGGACAGUAGCGCCUGCCAGCAGUGGCUUCGCCGGCAGGCUGACAUUGAUUCUGGCCUGAGUCCUUCCGUACCAAUGGCUUCGAAUUCAGGUAGACGAAGUGCACCGCCCUUGAACCUCACUGGCCUCCCUGGCACAGAGAAGUUGAAUGAAAAAGAAAAGGAGCUCUGUCAGAUGGUGAGGUUGGUCCCAGGAGCCUAUUUAGAAUACAAAUCUGCUCUAUUGAACGAAUGUAACAAGCAAGGAGGCUUGAGACUGGCACAGGCAAGAGCACUCAUCAAGAUAGACGUGAACAAAACCCGGAAAAUCUAUGAUUUCCUCAUCCGAGAAGGAUACAUCACUAAAGCCUGAGGCUCUCCGGGCCUGGUGGGCCAAAGGACAGUACGGGCAUUCUGGAGUUUUGUUUUUGAGCUGAAUUCUCCUUGUAAAAAGCGGGGAAGAACAAAGGAAACCUUAAGUUGUAUUAAUGUCUACUUUCUUCUCCCCCCUGCUUUAAAAUACUCCUGUUGUUGGUAUUGUGCUGCAGAGUUAUGUGCUAGAUAAGCUAUUAUUAAUUGUGUGUGGGCAUUCAUUCCUAACACCUCUUGUAACUAAAACAAGAACCAUAGUACCUCACAUCACAGUGUUGGUAGAAAUAGAACUGAACCAGUCUUUAGUCCCAGGAGUCCAGCGCAGAUCCUUGUACUUGCUUGGGAGGUUGGUUUUCUGAUUAUCUGUUUUGCCUUCAAACAUUAGAGACAGAUUUAAAAUAAAGAGGUUAUAGAGAGAGAAAGCUUUCUCUUUCUGUCUGAGGAUUCUUUUAAGCUGACAACUUAUGUUUAUGAGCAAAGAGGAGGAAAAUCUCCCCAUGAUGGUCUUGUCCCAAACUGCAUCUUCAACUUUAACGUCUGGUUUUGUAAGUUGCAGUCUGGCUGUCUAGUCUGCAGUAGACUUUUGAGGAGGUGGCACUGGAUAUAAAAUGUCUCUGUUAUUUUUAGAAUUAAUGGAUUAAAAUGUUUUGCUACUUAAUUUGUGGGUGUGUCAAAUAUUCUGGUCACUAAAGCACGCUUAGGGGGUUGGAUGCAUGCCUCAUCACGCUGCACUGUCUCUGCUAACGUGUGUCCUGGGCUCACCCUAUUCUCACCCUUGGCUUCCCUGGAUACCAGACCCCUGAGGAUGGAGGUGAUGCAAUUAACCUCAGUGUUGCUUAGAUUAAGACCUGAACCCUAAUUUCUUAAUGGUGAAAGGCUAGCCUACAAUAAGAGCUACUUGUAAAACAAAAGGAAAGCCUUUUCAUAUAUGGAACUCACUAGAUAUGAGGGUGAGUGACCCCACCACAUCUGAAACUUGGUCCUCAAAUCUUUCUGCACAGUAAGAAGCCAAACUCAGAGUCAGGGUUUUCCCUUUUCUGUUAGAAGCAAAGUUGUAUAGAAAUACUUCAGAAUCUGCACAAAUUACCUCCAGUAGCUGACUGAUUCUUUAAUUCUUUCAACAUUCAAAAUAUCUGAUUCAAAUAUUAUAUGCUUUGUUGGAAGUAUCUGCUCAAAGUUCUUGACUGCUGUAAAUAUGCAUGCAGUUUGCUAAUAGACUUCAUCUAGGGGGUAACAAAUGAAAAGGAAACUCUUAGGAUCUGAGGGAAAUAGAAUAAAGGACUUCAGUGUUUCAAAAGGGCGGCUUGUGGUUUUCUUGAUGUAGUCCUGUCUCUUAGAAAACGUAUUCUACCACCAGCAUCACCCUGAGUUGCUUAUAAAGGCGUUGCCUCUUAUCCUUGGAAGGUAAGUCCUGUUCUAAAAGUGCAUUAGACAUCUAUGUCAGGUGAUGUCUGCUGUAGUCUGAAGAGUCCUUGAUCUUGAUUAAGGAAGGCUUCCUGGGAGAGGUGCGCUUUUGAGGCAAUGAUAAGACGGAGAUGAGAGAGAUAAAAUGGCAGAUGGAAGUGGGAGACUGCUCCAGACGUAGUAGGUGGAGGGUGAUGAGUGAGGAAAACAGUGCCAAGAGAUUUAGCUGGCUAGGACACAAGGAGCAGCUGCAGUACUCAGGGCUGGGAGGAUGGCAGGACAGUCUGAUAGAAACCCUGGAACCAGUUGAAGUCUGAAAAACUGGCGAAUCAGUAGAUUGGAUGAAGAAAGUGGCAUUGUUGAAAAGAGUGACAGAAAAAUAAGGCUGUAACUUCAAAUGACUGGAUUUUAGAAAGUAGGAUUAUUAUGGUUUUGGUAAGCCCAACUUCGCAAAAUUUAAGACCUAGAAUCCUAGUGGGUUUCUCAAAGAUCAAGCCAUAAUUUUGGGUGAGGAGUACUCUUGAAAGGAAUCAUUAGAAAACCACUUGCUGACGUUUGAUGUCGGUCACUAGCUUAGUACAUUAUUUCCUUCCAUCUUCUUGUCACCAAAGGAAGGCCCUUCUUGGUACUAAAAAUCCAGAGCUAGCAAGGACUUGCCAAAGAAUAUUCCAUCCUUCCCCUUUUCUGCUAGAUGGGAUUAGCCAUAAACCAACUACACGAAUUUAGGUCCUUCUUGGUGCAGAUCAUCUGAGAAGAAAGAGAGUUUAC